UUUUUUUCCUGCAGCGUUUGGGAAAUAGUAUGGAUUCUCUCUUAUGGGAAUAUGAAGGGGUUGCGCUGCUGAAGGAUGUGACUCCGGAAGUGCUGGAAAAUAUGAAGGACUUCGAAGUUCGCGACGACGAUAUUUGGCUGUGCACAUACCCCAAAUCAGGCACACAUUGGUUGAUGCAGAUUAUACAGCUACUACGGUUUGACGGUGACUUCGAAAAGGUGUUGGAAAGAGGUUUUAAAGACUCUCAGUUAUUGGAGUGGUUUUUUCCAACACCAAUUACAACACCAUACGGUACGACAAGUUACGGUUACAAGUACUACGAACAGUUACCAUCACCUCGCCUAAUUGUAACGCAUCUACCUUUGAAAUUUCUUCCAAGGCAAGUCUUUGAAAAAAGGGCAAAGGUGCUAUACGUUAUCAGGAACCCUAAGGACACAGCAGUGUCAGCGUAUUAUUUCAUGAAACCAAUGUUUGAAAAAACGAACAUCGAGGUUGAUUGGAAUCUGUUCAUUCAAUUAUUCAUGACAGGCAAAAUUCCGUAUGGACAAUGGGCAACACACUUGUUACCAUUUUGGAAUCGCCGACAUGAAGACAAUGUGCUGUUCCUUAAGUUUGAAGAUUUGAAAAAGGUUUCAGGGGUGGCACCAUAAGGUCCUUGAUGAGUUGUGGAAGCUCCCCGACAAGAGGGUUUAUGCCCUCACCCACGUCGAUGAAGCCUAGCCCCGCACUUCCUGGUAAGCAAAAAAUUUAAUUUGUUUAUUAAAAAUAAUAAAAGUUUGUAUUAAUUAUGGGAUUCUUUAUUUUAAAAGAUAUCAGGGGUACUAGUCCCUCGUCGGGGGUACUAACCCACUGUUGGAGGUACCAGCCCCCUGUCGGGAAGAGCUGGCGCACCACUGCGACCCAUACAAUCGCAAUAGUAUACAAGACCUUGCACAUACGGUAGCACAGCUCGCACUAAACAGUUUUUAAUUCCUGAAAUUGUGACAGCUUAGUAAGGCAUGCUUGAAUUGUACUGUCGGAGCUCG